AAGGUGGGGUUUGAGACUGAGCCGUCAAAAAAAGCCAUAUCCAUUAGACUGAGGAAACUCGAGACGCUGGGAGAGGACAAGCGGCUUGGUUUCUGUUAUUAAAUUAAAAAAACAAAAGGGAAAAAAUGAUUAGAGCAAACCGCGGUGAUUUAAAAGCGGCUCCUGCUGAGCUCACUGACACGUGGAGGCGCCGCGCGCUUUUCACCUCGCGCAAGUUUGCCGUGGCUCCGGGCGCGCGCGCUGACUAACCAGCUCUGACGCUCGAGCGCGGGAACAAAAGGAGCGCGAGCUGUUGCCAAACACACACGCACGCACGCGUGCCGUGUCGCUCACGUGCGAAAAAAAACCAAAAAAAAAAAAAAAAAAAACAAGACCGAGUGAGAGAUUAUUAUGAGGUGCGAUGGCUUGGUGCGACCGUGCAGUUCAGCUGCUCCUGGCCACCGUGGGCGCUUUCGUGGCGUUUAGCCUUAUGACCAUCGCUAUCGGCACGGACUACUGGCUGUACUCCAGGGCUUACAUUUGCAACGCGACCAACAUCACAGCAGACGACACUCAGUCACAACCCAAGAAAACUCGCGGGGAUCUCACGCACUCCGGGCUUUGGAGAAUCUGCUGUAUAGAAGGUCUCAACAAAGGAAGCUGUUACCGUAUCAAUCAUUUUCCAGACGACAACGACUAUGACACUGACAGCUCAGAAUACCUCCUACGUAUAGUACGUGCCUCCAGUGUGUUCCCCAUUCUCAGUACCGUUCUACUACUUCUGGGGGGGCUGUGUGUGGGAGUAGGACGCAUCUACAACAAGAGGAAUAACAUUUUGCUCAGUGCAGGGAUCCUGUUUGUGGCAGCAGGUUUGAGUAACAUCAUUGGGAUCAUCGUUUACAUCUCCAGCAACACUGGUGAUCCCAGCGACAAGCGUGAUGAGGACAAGAAGAGCCAAUACAAUUACGGCUGGUCGUUCUACUUUGGGGCUCUCUCGUUCAUCCUCGCGGAGGCGGUUGCUGUCCUAGCUGUGAACAUCUACAUCGAAAAGAACAAAGAGGUGCGCUUCCAAGCACGACGAGAGUUUGUCAAGUCUACCUCGUCCUCCUCACCGUAUUCACGCAUGUCCAGUUUCCGCUACAGGCGGCGACAUUCACGUUCCAGCUCGCGUUCCACAGAGGCGUCCCGCGAGGCGUCUCCAGUCGGUAUAAAGAUGGUGAGCUCCGUGCCUCUGGGUGAGAUUAACAUGUACACGCUGAGCAGAGAUCCGCUGAAAUCGGGCACUGACAGCUCCUAUAGCCCUGAACACGACUCUGGAUUCCUGCAGGUGCACAACUGCUUUCCCAAAGACUUGAAUGAUAGCAUCAACAGGAGGACAACACCAGUAUGAGAACUUAAUGACAGGAAUGUUAUAGAAAUACAAUGUCUUGGCCAUAUAACAUGGGAACACCACUGAGGCCUAUUGGCUUAGUAGAAGCACUAGUUCAAUUAAUUGCGAUGAUUCAACUACCUAAGGACUACUACCUUUGAUGGGGGAAUUUGAAUGGGUUUCAUCAACAGCAUUUAAUCCUUAAAUUUCAGUUGCACCAGUGUUUUGGCCCAAGUGUUUCCUCCUUACAGUGUUAUUAAGAAAGGAUUUAAGAGACUAGCUGUGGUGGAUCUGUAUAGCUAAUUCCAUCCAUUUUACAAACAAUCUUUGAAUAGUGCAUUGUGGAAUUAUAUAAAGUGUGAAAUUAAAGUGUGAACAAAUCCAAUUUUGAUAGGAAGUCUAUUCUCUGUAUGAGUCAUAGACACAGUGGAGAUUCAGAAUACACCAUUUUAAAUAUGACUGUCCAAAUAUAAAAUGGUGCUACAGGAAGUAGUCUCACAGGUUAAGCCUUCCCCUUCUUGUGUAUUUUGUAUAUACUUGAACCCUGUAUUGCCUUGUCCGUGUCACAUGUCUGUAAACACAACUGUCAUAACCUAAUCUGUGUGCCUCUCUGCUUAUCAGGAUCAGCAAUUUUAGCUGAGCUAACCUGUAGGUAUUUUCACUGCAGAGAAUACUAUGUUUAAUUAUUUUUGUGAAACUAGAAAUAAGCUAGGCUUGCACACACUGAAACUACAGAAUGAUAAGGAUACAAAGAAGAAACUACAAGGCAAGCACAAAGUAUUUCAGUACUGUGAAGCUUUAUAUUAUAUUUUUAAUUACCACAUUGAUAAUGUGCCAUCAGCUGUCAGCUGAAAACCACCUGUGUUGUUCUCUGUAGUGAAUGAAUUGAAGAUGAAUGCUAUUCCACUGCCGUCGUUCUCGGCAACAAGGACCUUGGGGUCUAAAAUGUGGGUUAAAUCGAAGUGUAUUCUGGUGGUGUUAUGAAUCAGAUCUGGAUGUAAUCUGAAUGAUGGCUGUGCGUCUACUCCAUGCCGGUGCAGCCCUGUGUAAAUCUGAAUUGUGUGCUACUGGGACUGUGACAUUGUGAAAGUCUAAAGAUAAACGUUGGGCUGAGAAAUGUCAGACAUCCAGAACUGAAAGAGCCCGUCAGCACUGAGAGGCAUUUCAAUGGUGCAGUCCGUUUGCCGAUAACAAUCUAGGACAAAGAAGAAUAAAAGACUGUCAGUUGCAUCAAUGAGGCCAAACCAGCGCUUCAUCCGUGUCUUAGUUUUGUGAGCCUUAUGAUUGGAAUUCCUUUCAAAUCUCUGUGCCAGCCAGAAAUGUACUUUGUCACUGUUUAUUUUCUCAAUAUAACAGCAUGUCUGUGGUACAACCUCUUACUUUGUCAUUUAUGUUUACAAGGACACUUAUGGUGGUGAGAGAAUAAUGUAUAGUUUUCAGUCAGUGCAUAUUGCUGAAUGACUCAUCAUGGGACAAAUCAUCUCAGUUACUUGUAUAUAUAUAUAUCUACCUUCAUUUACUAAGGCAUUUUUUACAUGAGCUUAGAACCAUGCCUCUGCAUAGCAUGGUGUAUGGUUGGUCGUCUUGAAUAUUGACAUUUCCUAUGAUCCUUUGACUGUGCGUGCUAUAGCUAUUAUAAUAAUUUGGUUCCAAAGGCCUUGCUGGCAUUUUGGUGACAUAAUCAUGAUUACAUGCCUAUAACACUCUGUCUUUCUCAAAAAAGAGAUUUUCUCUCCUCAACUUCUUUCUUUUCUGGUGUUCCUAGUAUAGCAGUCCCACUAACAACGUCACUAUAACCUUGCUCACUUAAAUAAAUUACAUCAGGGCACAUGUUUUGCUUGUAUGUGUAUAUUUUUAUUUCAUCUGGGGUGAAACAUAUGGUCCUACAACAGCUUUUCAAUGGAAAAUGACCUACUGAACUGAAAAAUGUCACCACUACCUGUCUAUAAAUUCCUUACAACCUGAUGAUGGACCUGCUUUUUUUGACAAAAAUCAAAUAGUGUAUGUUAAGAUAUUAUAAAUAAAAACAAAAAACAAAAUGAUAUCAGUUCAAAAGUCUGCAUCUUCCUCCCUGAAAGUGAACAUCCUCUAAUCUUUUUAAUAUGCACCUUAUGCUUUUAUUAUUCUGUCCAACCUCUUGUAUCCUUUGAGCUAUUUUUUGAUUGUCUUAGUUGUAAUAUUUGCCCCAUGUUCUUCCUGACUUUUUUUCAGGAUGAACUGUCAGCAUGCUUAGCCAAUCUAUACUUAAUCCUCUUGACAUAUCUGUUGUAACUGUGAUAAGUGCCGUACAUUGCAUUAUUCAGAUCAGCA